UCAGAUGUAGUUCUACAGCCGACGCCGGGCAUCACGUACCGCACCAUCGGCGGUGUCCUCAACCUGUUCGUGUUCGCGGGACCCUCGCCCAAGGACGUGGUGUCACAAUACACGGAGCUGAUCGGGAGGCCGUUCAUGCCGCCUUACUGGGCGUUAGGGUUCCAUCUGUGCAAAUUCGAGUACGGAAAUUUGAAUGUCACUAAACAAGUGUGGCAGGCUAACAGAGAUGCGGGCAUUCCCUUUGACGUGCAAUGGAACGACAUUGACUACAUGAGGAAUCGCAACGACUUCACGUACGACAAGGAGAAGUUCGCCGAACUGCCACAGUUUGUCAACAAGAUCCACAGCGAAGGGAUGCACUACAUGAUUAUAAUUGAUCCUGGUAUAUCCGCGUCGGAAAAGCCCGGGACGUACCCGCCAUACGACCGUGGAAUCGAGAUGGACAUCUUCGUCAAGAACAACACCAACCAGCCGUUUAUCGGCAAGGUGUGGAAUACGGGGUCGACAGUGUUCCCUGACUUUACUCAUCCGAACUCCACAGCCUACUGGGUUGAGAUGAUGACCAACUUCCACAAGAAGGUUGCGUACGACGGGGCUUGGAUCGAUAUGAACGAGCCGUCUAACUUCGAGGACGGCCCCCUGGUGGGUUCGUGCCUGCCCGAGGCGCUGCCGUACCUGCCGCACACGUCGGACCCGUACCUGCGCGCGCACACGCUGUGCAUGGACGCGCGCCACGCCGCCGGCCCGCACUACGACCUGCACAACCUGUACGCCAUCACUGAAGCUAUUGCCACUAACUUCGCCCUGCAAGAGAUCCGCGGCAAGCGUCCGUUCAUAAUCUCCCGCGCGUCGUCGGUGGGGCUCGGACACUUCGCCGGCCACUGGAGCGGCGACGUCGCCAGCGACUGGCACGACAUGCGCAUGUCCAUACCCGAGUUACUGAGCUUCAGUCUGUUCGGUAUCCCGAUGAUGGGCGCGGACAUCUGCGGCUUCACCGGCAACACCACCGCCGAACUCUGCACGCGCUGGAUGCAGCUCGGGGCCUUCUACCCCUUCAGCAGGAAUCAUAACUCGGACUCCUCUAUUCCGCAAGACCCCGUGAGCCUGGGUCCGUCGGUGGUGCAGGCGAGCCGCGAGUCGCUGCGACUCCGGUACCGCCUGCUGCCGUACUACUACACGCUGUUCUGGCGCGCCCACGUGUUCGGGGACACCGUCGUCAGGCCGCUGUUCUUUGAAUCUCCAGAAAACACAUUACUGCACGACAUCGACGAUCAGUUCCUGGUGGGUCCGUACAUCAUGAUAACUCCGGUGCUGCAGCAGGGAGCGUCGCAUACCAGCGGCAUGUUCCCCGGACCGCAGAGUUGGUAUAACGUCGUCGACGGCGCCUUUAUAGACAAUGGGAGGAGACGCGAUGUCACCGACAACCAGACUGUCAGUGUGAGGGGUGGAGCCAUAAUCCCACUACAAGAGCCGCCCGCGCGUGGUCCGGUCACCACCACCAACUCGCGUAGCUCGCCCAUGCAACUUCUGGUGGUUCCUGACAAUGAAGAUAAAGCCCGUGGACAACUAUACUGGGAUGAUGGAGAUAGCCUUAACAGCUACGAAGAAAAGAAAUACAGUCACAUAGAAUUCAUGUACAACAACUUGCAAAUUAAAAGCCGCGUCAACUGGUGGGGAUACGGCGUGCCGUCCAUCAACCGCAUCUCAGUCUACAAUCAAACGUCAGUCAAAACUGUCAGUAUUAACGACGUGCCGUGCGUCAAGCCGUGUCAGUUCACUUACCUGAGCGACACUAAGGUUCUUCAGAUUGAUGGAUGUGUGACUUGCGGGUCAAAGGAGUGCAACCGCCAUGAUGCCAGCAACGGCACAGAACCCUGGACAGGAUUACAGAUACAUAAACAACUUGACCAAGCCAUAGAAGAUUUCUACAACACGAUAUUAGAUCAGUUUAUAAACUCAUGGUACAGUAAGAUCACCUUGCAGCCGUUCUUCGUGGACGAGCUGCGGCAUCAGCUUAGAUACGCGUCCGCCUGCCUCUUGCAGCGAGCUCUCAAGAUAAACUAUUCCCGCCUAAUCACCGAGCGUCUCGUGCCAUGCGCGUUACGCCACUACACGUUGUGUUCGGAGAGUCCGUCCACCACAGAGUACCGGUUCUCUAUCCACCCCGCCGCUGCCAACCGCACCGCUGAACUGAACUACCUGCGCUGCGUCACCAACACCAUCAUGCCGUAUCUGCUGAGGAGUCAGGAGUUGGAGAAUUC